AUGGCCUUAGGGGCCACCGCGUCUUACAUAUCUGUACUUCACAGCUUGCAGCUUUCACCUCUCUGCCGACGUUCACCAGUACUUAUGCCAAAAUCCAGGAAGCGGAAGACUCCUAUUGUUUCACAGGCUUCUCAUUCCCCAUCAAUCGGGGCUCAGUCAUGUCGUAACACCAUUCGAAAAUUCCAUGUCCUUUUGAAACAGCGCCGACAAAUUGAAAACAGUCGUUCCCUCGUUGUUGGACAUGAAAAGGCUCUUGCGAACAUAGAACGAGAGAUAGAAGAACUAGGUGGUCUCGAAGCAUAUCAGCAUAUGUCUGUGCUAGGUCAGCGGAACGAACGAGGAGGAGGAAGUGAGAAGAUCUUCAUUGGUUGGAUGAAAGAUCUGUGCCUCCACAAGCACUCGGAGAAUCAUGGCAAGCUAAGGCUUCUCGAAGUCGGGGCUCUGAAGCCCGGUAAUUAUCUAUCUUGUUCCAAAUGGAUCGAUAACACCCCCACGGACUUGCAUUCACGACAUCCGCAAAUCAUUAAGCAAGACUUUUUGCAAAUCAGUGCGGAGAAGAAUGCUGCCAUCUGGGAUGCAAUUAGCCUUAGCCUUGUUCUUAACUUCGUGCCGAUACCCGAAGACCGCGAAUUCAACAUCCACCAUAUGCGACCUUCACUGAGUUGUCUGCAAGCAGCAAGCGCGGCUGCAACGUCGCGUAGCAAGAGCACGAGUUUCAUUGGGCUUGGGCAAAUGGGGUAUCAGAUGGCCUACAAUAUCUUCUCGAAGCAAUACCUUCAGACCAACGAUGCACACUUCGUCAUUUGUGAUGCUCUACCGGACAGCGCACGCACCUUUCGCAAAAACUUCUCUAAACAGUACCCAGGCGCACAGAUUAGUAUUGCGAGCACACCCGAGGAAGCCGCCCGUGCGUCCAGCCGGAUCGUCACUAUGCUCCCGUCGUCCCCUCAAGUGAAGACGGUAUAUACUGGAUCGAUCAUUCCUACUCUCUACAAAGUGCAUGGCUUGAACGCCAAUGAAGAAACGCUCUGUAUCGAUUCAACUACCCUCGACGUCGAAGUGGCGCGUCAAAUCGCAUCCGGCGUCGCUGAGACGGGUGGAAAGAUGAUAGACGCGCCGGUGUCUGGUGGCGUCACUGGAGCCAAAGCAGGCACCCUAUCCUUCUUAGUCGGCGGUACAGAGAAUGCGUUCGAGAUGGCAUACCCUAUCCUAUCCCUCAUGGGCCAGCGAAUCAUCCACUGUGGACCAUCUGGAGCUGGACUUGCAGCCAAGAUAUGCAAUAAUCUGGUCUUAGGGGUUCAGCAAAUCGUGGUAGCUGAAGCGAUGUUAUUGGGACAAUCACUCGGCCUCGACCCUGCCGUCCUAGCGUCCGUUAUCAACAGCAGCACAGGAGGCUGCUGGGCUUCUUCAGUCAACAAUCCCGUCCCUUCCGCUCUUCCUGAGAAGUCGCCUCCUUGUGAAAGAGAUUAUGAAGGAGGAUUUGCGACUGCCCUCAUGUUGAAGGACAUGGGUCUCGCCAGUGAUGUUGCUUCACAGACGAAGAGUCUCUUGCCGCUUGGAGAAGCUGCAAAGGAGAUUUACGCCACGGUAAUCCAAAAACAACCUGAGCUGGCAAGGAAGGAUUUCUCAUCUGUCUACCGCUUCCUCAAAGAUCAAAGUAGUCUCCGAACUCGGUAA